AUGCUAAUUUACAGUGACUGGGUCAAGGCUGGUUUACUUAAAUAUCAGAUAGGCUACUUUUUUAUUGGAAUCUACGGAUUUAACCUUGCCAUAAAUAUGGCAAUUGUGAUUUCUGAAACAUUAAAGAAUCUGUAUGUUAAAUUUUAAACUGUGUUGGCAAAACUAAGGUUCAAAAAAGUGCUCAAGAGAAAGAUUUUUAACAUAAAUAAUGAUUUCAAAUUGCGAAAAAUUUCUCUUUAAGGAACAGAAAGGGCUAGCAAGGAUUUAACAAUUUUAACAGUAGUCUAAGAGGGGUUUGAAGAUGAAAAUGAUGAUAUCAAUAUGAUUUAUACUCAGAGACCUUAAAAUAAAAAUCCAGUUUUUAUAAACCCUUCAAUUUCCUUUGAUGUUCUACAUAGAGUUAGUCCUAGUCCUAGAUCUAAAUCUAAAUUUCCAGAAAGUUUUUAAUAGCUAAUUGAGUAGAAAAUAGACUAGAAUUACAAUACGAAUGACUCAUAGUAAAAUGAGCUUUCUGAUACAAUGAAGAGUAAUCAGAGUAUGCUUUAUUAAUUGAGAUAGGAUAGACCAAACAUAUCAAUCGGAAAUUUGCAGUAGUAAAGAGAUUCAUACAAUAAUUCACCUGAAACCGAUAACACUUAAAGAAGUAGCGAUAAUGGUAGUAGAACUAAAUAAAAAUAGCCACAAACACCUACAUAAAACUAAUUAAUAUACUAAGGUGACACAAUAAUGCCUAAAAUCCAACCAAGGAAGUUGUCAAGUUUUAACAAAAAGUUCAACUACAUUUAGGAUAAAUCUUCUGUUAAUAAGCUUAAAGUUUAUGAUAGAAGGAUAAUGAAUAAUAGCUAGAUAGAUAAUAGACAAUCUAUAAGUAUGGAAGAGGUUUCAGACAAGUAAGCAUAUAAUCCAAGAUUUUAAUUCAUUAACUUUGAUCAUGAGGAUGAUAUAAUAAGUUGUGAUGGCUAGGAUCAAGAAGCAAUAAAUGUUAUUCAUAAGAAUAUUUUUGAUCCUGAAAAAUCAACAUUAGAUUAACAGCAAAGAAAUUAAAGAAAACUUUCUAAUAUUCUUCUCAGUCAAUAUUCCUAAAGAGCUAUUUUAUCAGUAUCAUCUCAAGUUGAUUACGAAUCAGACUAUGGCUCUCCAAGGUCUGUAAGGAAUUCUUCUGCUAAUAUAAGGGCUUAAACACCAAAGAAUUCAAAUACCAGGAAACCGCUAAAUUAGGCAUUUGAUACGGGAAAAAGAAGCAAAUUUGUAAAAAAUUAAGCACUAAAUAAAGAUCAGAUAAUUUAAAAUAACGACAAGUCAUUUUGA